AUGCCAGCUUGCGCGCCAGAGUAUAGCCGCCUCGCGCGACAGCACAACGAACUUGUGUUACCUCCCCGAGUCAAACGAUGCCCUCACCAACCACCUCCAUUUACGACCCUCAGGCGCUCGUUUUCUUCGACAUUUUCACUAAUACCAGAGGAACGCGCUGUGUCGCCUGAAAGACCACCACAGCUACCCAGGCUCCUGCGCAUAAUCACCUGGUUUCCACGCCUGUGUCUGCGGCCGUUGUUCGCCUUGCUGAGCAUCAUCACGCAUCCCGCUUGGAAGCAAAUACUCGUGGUCUUACCUACUUUAUGGAUUGCAGCAUCGCUAUUCAUCUUCUGGAAGUGUGUUCAGUGUCCCAUUGGAGUUUUUAAAGUGCUCGCACGCGCCAUCUCCAAAGAUUCGAAGAAACAACGUACCGUAUUGAUUAGUGGAGGCAGUUCGAUACAAGCGUUACAUUUAGCGAGAAACUUCCACUCCGCCGGAGCGAGGGUUGUCGCAUUCGAAAUAGAAGGGCACUUUGCUCUACUAAAAUAUUCAGCAGCAGUCAACAGAUUUUAUACAGUGCCGAGACCUAACCCUGCGGAUCCACUGGCAUACGCGCGUGCCCUAAAAGAAAUUGCGGAAAGGGAAGCUGUGGUGUUCUACGUACCAGUGAAUUCAACAACGCCGGCCUACUAUGACGCUUUAGCUAAGCCGCACCUAGAAGUGAUAGGAUGUCAGUGCUUCGUGCCAAGUGCUCGCGAUGUUGUAGUUUUGGAUGACCCACUUGAGUUAAUUCGAGUGAGUCGGGCAGCUGGGCUUUCCACGCCGCAGUUCUGGGUCGUGGCAAGCGAAGAUGAUGUCAGGGCUUGGUAUGAAAGCGGUGCUUCGAAAGAAGGGCGACAUUUUAUUGCAAGUGCUGGUACUCGGGGUGCAAGAGACCGUCUGCGAUUUGUCAUGCCUGAAGAGAAAACUCAAUUUAAGUUUCCGCGUGAAAUUAGCGCUGAAAAGCCUUGGGUUAUUGUAAGAGAACCAAAGGGAGAGAAGAUUAUAACUUGCACUACUUUAAAGGAAUCUCGCGCGGUCAAUAACGUGAUCUGCCGCGUUGAAUCUUCAAAGAAAGGUUUAGUGCCCCAAAAAGAUAAAGAAGCUGACGCUUGGGUGCAGAGAUUUGUAUCCCGUCUCUCUCCUUCUAGACCCAUGACGGGCCAUGUAUCAUUUAGAUUGGUACGCGAAGAAAAUAUAAUGAAUGGUCAGGGAAAUAGAUUGGUGGCUAUUGGAGCGCGAGUAGGUGUGUCGCUACCGUAUUUGUGUCAGGGGCAAACGCGCUGUGGACAUGCAGCCACUGUGGGGAAGCUCCUGAAUACGGUAUUGGACACACGCGAAGCUCUGUUUACAUACUGGGACCCAUUACCGUACUGUGCUUAUUAUCAGUCACGUUCCCCUGAGGACCGUCGGCCGCCGCCUCCAGAGCCUUGUAAGACACCGCCUAAUUUGCCUCUCUGA